AUGCAGCUUGGACUGUUUGUGGUGGUGGUUUUUCUAAGCUCGAUGGAUCUAACAGGCAGCAGCAAAGUGGUGAAGGGCAAGAGGCAAAGACGAAUUAGCACCGAGCUGAGUCAGGGCUGUGCCAGAGGCUGCGACCUGUGCUCCGAGUUCAAUGGAUGCUUGAGAUGUUCCCCCAAACUCUUCAUCCUUCUGGAGAGGAAUGAUAUCCGGCAAAUUGGGAUUUGCCUACCAUCUUGUCCACUGGGAUACUUCGGCCUUCGCAAUACAGACAUGAACAAGUGCAUCAAAUGCAAAAUUGAGAACUGUGAGUCCUGUUUCAGUCGAAACUUUUGCACAAAAUGUAAGGAAGGUUUGUAUUUGCACAAAGGGAGAUGUUACGUCACAUGCCCCGAAGGCUACUCUGCUGCCAACGGCACCAUGGAGUGCAGCAGUCCUGCACAAUGUGAAAUGAGUGAGUGGGGGCCCUGGGGGCCCUGCUCCAAGAAGAGGAAGCUCUGUGGCUUCAAGAAGGGCAACGAAGACCGAACGCGGCGGAUUCUACAGGCUCCCUCCGGAGACGUGUCCCUGUGUCCUGCCACCACGGAGGUGCGGCGAUGCACCGUGCAGAAGAACCAGUGCCCCGAAGGGAAAAGGAAGAAAAAGGAAGAGCAAGGAAAGGAAGACAAUGCAAAUGGGAACAGAAAUCAGAAAGACACCAAAGACGCUAAGUCUGGCACCAAGAAGAGAAAGAGCAAACAGAGAGGGGCUGCGGUCCCCGCGACGUCCGCUAGCCCUGCCCAGUAG